AUGGGAAAGCCAGAUCCAGAAGCUCCGAGACCUCCGUCUAUUCCAUCGGCUCCGGUUGACGACGAUGAACAUCAAGGAGCGUCUUCCAGCUCGACCGGUCCUGUUUCUCCGGUAAACACUUCUCCUCCGCCAAACUACGGAGCGACUCAAGAGAAUCAGCCCUCGUCGUACCAACCACAAACACAUCAGAUGGGCCCUCAAGGGCACCAGUCCAUGCCUCCGCCUCCAUCAUACGAUGAUGCAGUCAACUGUCCCGCUCCACCGUAUCUUCCAAGUGGGGCGCCAAAGAUUGAUGGUCCUCAACAUGGACGUCCCAUCUAUCCUCCACCUCCAAUUUCAGGUACUGGAUACGUUCUUCAGGCUCCAGGUACGUCAAUAAUGGGGUUUAGUUCUUGUUGUUCAUCUUAUAAUUUGUGUGGAUUUUAAGAAAUUUGUAUAGUUAUGCUACUAUUUUUUUAAUAUCUAAUUUUCAGCUGAUGCCCCUAAUCAGCAAGCCCGUGUCAUCCACACGACCACAGUAAUCACGCCAGUUGCUGGUACUGCCUGCAUUCAUUGUUUGGUAAGUUCAAAGCUUCAUUUCUUAUCUCGUUUUAGGUGGGCCAAGUCCAGAACGAGACCGAUCUGUGCUGUUUGCUGUGCCUGAUUCUGUUUGCGAUCUUCACUUUCCCCAUGGGCCUGGUACUUCUCUGUUGUAUCCCGUGCACUGUCAGACAGCGCUGUAGCCGAUGUCGACGUCUACAAUAA